CAAGGGUGCACGGUGUUAUCGUACACCUAUACCUCAACACUGUAGGCUUAUUCAGUUCAUUACCUGAAAUCUCGAGGGUUUAUGCGCAGUCCCCAGUCCCCGGCAGCGAAGUGAUCACUUCUCAUCACCAUCAUCAUGAGGCUCCUCCAAACCCUAGCUAGUAAAAACCGUUUGCUGCUUCGAGGCGUCGGGCGAAGAUUCUUCGCGGCGUCGCCUGAGGAGUACGCCAAGCGAAAUUAUGCCAACAAUGACUCCGAGUACAACACCGUUAUAACCUCCAUCACCGCUCAGCGAAGACAUUAUUUGUUGAGGGAUGUGUAUGAUGACAUGAUGCUGGAUGGUGUAAAGCCAGAGAGGGAUACAUUUCAUUCGCUGAUAGUGGGGACUAUGAAAGGUGCUCGAUUGCAAGAUGCACUGUUUUUCAGGGAUGAAAUGAAAGCCAUGGGUUUGGUUCCAGAUGUUGCUUUGUACAACUUCUUGAUUUCUACCUGUGGCAAAUGCAAGAACUCUGAUCAAGCAAUCCGGGUUUUAGAAGAAAUGAAAAGAUCAGAAGUCAAGCCAUCUGGACAAACCUAUGUCUGUCUACUUAAUGCAUGUGCAGCUGAAGGUCGACUAGAUCGAGUAUAUGCAAUUGUUCGAGAUAUGACUGCAGCUGCUGUGGGUUUGAACAAAUAUUGCUAUGCUGGACUUAUAGCUGCUCACAAGAAUCAGGAACCUCUUGCUGAUGAUGUAGCUUCUAAAAUUAUUGAGCUUGUUGAGCAGUCAAAGAGUUGGUCAGAGGUUGAAGCUCCGAGAGAUAUUCCUCAAAGAUUUAUGACAAUUACUUCUGAAGAAGAACUUUACAACAUCCCUACUGCUGAGUUUGUAAAUCGACGUGCAUUCUUGAAUAAGCAGUUAACUGUGUACCAUGUUGCCUUUCAUGCUUGUGCGGAUCUGAAAAAUGUGGAGGCUAUUGAUACACUUCGUCAGAUGCUUGAAAAGGAUGAUAAAACACCUGAUGUGUUCAUCCUGAUGCAACUCAUGAGGUGCUAUCUACAUACAGGGGACUUAGAUCGUGGUCAUAAAAUUUUUGAGGACUACAUAAACUCUGGAAGACCACCCAUUAUAGAGCUUUAUGUGACUCUCAUAGAAGGAGCAAUGGUUGGGUAUACUACCAGAGGAAUGCAAAUUGCUCAGGACACGCUGUUAGCAAUGAAUCAAAGGAAUUUUGUCCUGAGUGCAAAGAUGGGAACUGAUCUCCUCCUUGCAGCUGCUGGUGAAAAGAGUGGCGGAUAUACAGUUGCCAACUUAAUUUGGGACAUGAUGGUGGGGCGCAAUAUUAAUAUCUCACUUCAUGCUGUUGAGGCAUAUUACCAAGGGCUGAAGGACCGAGAGAUACCAGCAGAUGAUCCACGGUUGAUGCAAGUAGAGAAAUCAUAUAAAGAUCUGAAAAGAAGGUUUGGAAGAACUUUUUAGGUAGGAGAGAAGGUGAACUCAAAGAACAAUUGGUCCGCUUUUUACCUUUAUUCUGCUAGAACUUGACAAGGCAAGCGCUGUCACUCUAGGUGAUAGAUUUGAUUUUAUGGUUCAUACAAGGCAAGGCAAGAACUUUACUUAGGAACUCCUUUUAUGGUUCUUUAGAAUGCCAUUAUAAUUUUAUCAUGAAUUUCACAGCCUAGCUGAUGAUUGAUUUUUCCUGGAACUGAACAUCAAGAUUGUGUCCCAUUUGUGUGUAGAUUUUGAGUUACAUAAAAAGACAAGCCGAAUUAGGCUUUAAAGGACUAA